AUGAUCAAGUUAAGGCCAAAGAGGCUAUUCAGAAGCAGCUCUAAACUUAGCACUGGUGGCGCCACCCAUGGUGAUGGUGGAGCGGCCGUAAAGGGCUGUGGAGUCAAUGGUGGCGAGAUCAAAUGGGAACUACGUCCUGGAGGUAUGCUUGUCCAAAAGAGAGAUUAUAAAGAAAGUGACAAUGAAGUGAUGAUCACAAUUAGAGUCUCCACAGUUUCCCAGUGGCACGAUAUAUCUAUCCAAGCAACCUCAACUUUUGGGGAAUUAAAGAUGAUUUUGUCAAUAUUAACAAAUUUGGAACCAAAAGAGCAAAGGCUAUUAUUCAAAGGGAAAGAAAGGGAAGACAAUGAAUAUUUGCACAUGGUUGGGGUAAUAGACAAAGACAAGGUUCUGAUGUUAGAAGAUCCAGCCAUCAAAGAGAGGAAGCUUGUCGGGUUGACGGGUCGCCAAGUGAUCGGGUCACCUUAUCGAACCAUCACUGUCUAA